AAUCUUCCUCAUUUGUCGGGGGAAGAUUUAUUUCCUCGAAUUAUUACCAUAGCACUUGUUUUCCUCUCUGAGAAUCCUCAAUCCUCCCCUGUUGCAAAGCCCUUCUCCUUUGGAAUAGGGGUCAUCAACAGGCUCACCUAACAAAGGAGAGGGGGUUUCUCCGGCACUGACCCACGAUAAUCUUGGUCGGACAUUCCUCCCGAAAUGGGUUCCUCUGACGAUCAGAAUUCGUCAUCAGAUUCUCCACCGUCGGACUCUUCAUCAUCUUCGAACAACUCAUCGCCUCCCUCCAACAGCAACUCGUCCAAAAAUUCAAACAACAACUCAAAAGACUCGGAUAAUUCAUCGUCUUCCAACAACUCGAAAAACUCGCCGCCUUCCAACAACAACAACAAUUCCAACGACAACUCCAACAAUUCCAACGACAACUCCAACAAUUCCAACAACAACUCAAACGGGAACUCAAAUGGCAACAAAAAUGGCAAUUCAAAUGGCAACUCGAAUGGAAACUCGAACGGCGACUCCUCGAAUGGAAACUCGAACGGCGACUCCUCGAAUGGAAACUCGAACGGCGACUCAAAUGGAAACUCAGACUCAAACGACAACAAUAACUCAAACGACAACAACUUGAACAAUAACUCCAAUUCCCAAAAGUCCCCUCCACAAAACUCCAACUCUCAAAAAUCUCCUCCUUCUCAGAACAAUGGAGGGGACAAAAACUCCAAUUCCCAAAAGUCACCCCCACAAAACUCCAACUCCCAAAAAUCUCCCUCUUCCCAGAACAACGGGGACAAUAACUCCAACUCCCAAAAGUCCCCUCCACAAAACUCCAAUUCCCAAAAAUCUCCACCCAAAUCAUCCCAGGGGAAUUGGUCACCGAAGUCGUCUGAUGAUUGGUCACCCCCAGCACUUGGAUCAUCAAGCAAGUCACAUCGCUCACCAUCAUCAGACAAUGAUGGAUCGCCGCCACCAUCGCACUCAGGGAGCUCCACGCCUAUCAUAGUAGGAGUUGUAGCUGCGGCAGGGGUGUUCUUGCUUGUCAUGGUUUUGUUCUUCUUGGCUUGCUCUAAGAGAAGGAAGAAGAGACAGACUUCUUCCCACCUCAUGGAGAACCCUGAACCAUAUCGUCCAAAUGGAAGCGGUGAGUAUUGGCAAGGUGAACCUAAAAGCUCCGAGCACGUUCUUAAUAUGCCUCCUUCUGGCCGCGCGCCAAAUGGAGGUUGGACUAUGUCAUCCGGUGGAGCACCCCCCACGAUGAGCAGCGAAAUGAGCUCCGCCAACUUCUCCGGUCCACACGGUCCCCCUCUGCCACCUCCACACCCUAAUGUGGCAUUCGGGUUCAACAAGAGCACCUUCACCUAUGAAGAGCUGGCGGCUGCAACCUCAGGGUUUGACCAAGCCAAGCUACUAGGCCAAGGUGGCUUUGGGUUUGUGCACAAAGGGGUGUUGCCAAAUGGAAAGGAAAUUGCCGUUAAGAGCCUCAAAGCGGGUAGCGGACAAGGUGACCGUGAAUUUGCAGCCGAGGUUGAGAUCAUCAGCCGUGUUCAUCAUCGCCACCUUGUGUCGCUUGUUGGGUACUGCCUUGCAGGAGAAAAGAAAUUGUUGGUGUAUGAAUAUGUUGCUAAUAACAACCUCGAGUUCCACCUUCGGGGCGCGAAUCGGCCUCCCUUGGAAUGGACCAACAGGGUCAAAAUUGCUGUGGGAUCGGCUAAAGGGCUUGCUUAUUUGCACGAAGACUGUCACCCGAAGAUUAUCCACCGUGACAUUAAAGCUGCAAAUAUUCUGAUUGACUAUAGUUUCGAGGCUAAGGUGGCAGAUUUUGGACUAGCAAAGCUAAACCAGGAAAAUGUCACCCAUGUAUCUACUCGUGUCAUGGGAACAUUUGGGUAUUUGGCUCCUGAGUACGCAUCGAGUGGCAAGCUGACCGAGAAGUCUGACGUCUUCUCUUUUGGUAUUAUGCUUCUGGAGCUGAUCACUGGGCGCCCCCCGGUGGACUUGUCUGGGGAAUGUGAGGAAGAUACCUUAGUAGACUGGGCAAGGCCUCUCUGCAUGAAAGCAAUAGAUACUGGGGACUAUUCUGAAUUGUUGGAUCCACGACUAGAGAACAAUUACGACCAGGAACAGGUGGCACGCAUGGUGGCGUGUGCGGCUGCGAGUGUUCGACACUCUGCAAAGAAGCGUCCGAAAAUGAGCCAGGUUGUUCGUGCAUUGGAAGGCGAUGUCUCAAUGGAAGACUUGCACGAGGGGAUUAAAGGGCACUUUGGGUCGUCUGGCUCGGCUUCCACCGAUAGUGAUAAUGAUUCGUAUAACGCGAAAUUGAAAGGGCUUAGGAAGCCGGCGUUGAUGGACAGCACAGAAUAUCCAAGCAGCGAGUACGGUGCUACAACCGAGUAGGUGGAAGAUGACGGUAGAAGCGUAAUUGCGACGUUGCGUUAGACAAGGGCAACAAUGGAGGGAGGAGUUGUGAUUUCUUUUCUUCCUUCUGUUUUUUUUCUGUGUUCUUUUUUGUUCUUUUGGACAAAGGAUGAACCCUAGUCUAUA